UAAGCCUUCGUUUGCUCAGUUGAACUUCAGUUGUCUGUCGAUUGUGAAUCAUUGACCAUCAUUUUUUUUUUUUUUUUUAUUUUUUACUCCACAAAAAGUGUUUAUUAAUUAAAUUAUGAAUCAAUUGUUUUACAAAUCAAAUAAAUGUCAAAUUUUUUUCAAAAAGUGAUAAUGAAAAACUUUUCAAUAAAAUAUUUGAGAAAAAUAGAAAAUAUCCAAUAAACGAAAUAAUGAGGAAUAGUAGUGAAAAAGAAAUAGUUGAAAAUGUUUCUGCAAUGCAGGAAAUUGAUCAGCUUAUGGGAGGUGAAGUGAAUUUAAUUACAUCGAAGGAGGAAUUUAAAUAUGAAUUGAGACAAUGGAUUACGGCAUUUGGUGCAAUUGUUGGAGCAAUUUUAGCAGGUGUAACAGGAGGAUUUAGUGCAAUUUUAAUACCACAACUUGAAUUUAAUUCAAGUUUUACAGAUACAAAUUUUUUUAGAGAAAAUUUUAAUGAUAUUAAAAUUGAAACAAUAAGUCAAAAAUCAUGGCUAGGUUUCUCAGGUGCACUUCUAUUGGCACCUGGUUGUUGGUUAUCAGGAUUAAUGUUGGAGAAAUUAGGUCGUAGAAUGACCCAUUUGGUGAUAACACCAUUUUAUUUUCUCUCCUGGCUAACAAUAACUCGCCUGCAUGUCCAGUUUAUAUUGCCGAGACAACAAAUCCACGAUUAAGAGGAAUUCUUUUAGGAUGUAUUAGUGUUGCAGCAUCAAUUGGUAAUUUAUUGGCACACGCUACAGGAACAUGGUUACAUUGGAGGAUUGCAAGUUUAUUGUGUGGUUCACUUAAUAUAAUUUGUUUUAUCAUUUGUUUUC